UAAUUUUUUCCGAUGACCUUCAUCAAAUUUCUUGAAAAAAAAAAGAAAAAGGAAUGCACGCGUAUAAGCAGGGUUGAAUGCCUUUUGGGCAUUUGGAGAUGGGCUUGCAGUGACCGGAAGCUUACAGGGGACAGCAAACACAAUCCGAUGAAGUAAGCAAGAACUUCCUUGGCUUCUGUCCAAUCACUCAACGGUGGUUUUGUCACAUUUCAUCAGGUUGAUUUCCCAUACCUCCAUAAGUCUACAGUCCUUAUCACGUUUAUCUCUUAACCCUUUCCCCUGUUCACCUUCCCGGGUCACAAUCCAGCCUCCUGGCUAUGACUAAUCGAUUCUCUGUUUACUGGAUCCUAUGCAUAUUAAUUUCUUGGUGUCCAUAUUAGGUCUUUGAAUAAUGGGCCUGUCUAAUACGUGUCUUUAGAGGAACGCAUGUUCACUGUUGACUAUCCCAUUUUUCAACCAUGGAAUCAAACCGCUGAUAAUUCACUGUUAAACUUUUUUUUUGAAGUCUAACAAUCCUUGUUGCAAUUAAGCUCCUUUUCAAGUUUGGGGGCAAAAAAAAGAAUUAGUCGAAGUGGCAGUAACUAAGGCCGACUAAAUUUGUUGUUGAAUGGGCCCAAUUUUAUUUCUCCACUUAGGUACAUCUGAAAAUAUGGUUCAUAAGACAUAGCACCCUGGCGUGGUCCAAAAUAUCUGUAGGUUACAGCGAGGAUUCACGGGCCUUGAGCUGAGCUGUUGUUGCUAGAAAAUUGGAAAAAGGUCCCUUCUCAACGUGACUCGUGGUGUUGUGCAAGCCCAUUUAUGGGCACCUUUCUUUCAGCAGAACAGUGUACGUUCUUGUAAAAUGACAUGUGAGGAUACAGAAACCGCAAAGCACACUGUUUGAAUUGCAUUCUUGUACUCGGUUCAAUGUUGUGCUGCUCAAUUAUUUGACAAAUCCAUGGAUCUUCUUUCUAACACGGUCCACUUUCAAGAUACAUGGAGGGAGUUUGCAUUCAUGGUUCAUUCAUUUCCAUAGAUCUUCUUUUCUCUGUCACAUGGAUACACAGUGCAUGCCUUCGUCUUCUUCCUUGUACUCGAAAGGGCACAAAAAUGUCACAGUAAUUCCAUCACUUGAUGGAUGUACGAAGUAACUCCCUUCUCUUAAUCAGUCCUUCCUCUGAUUCUUUUUGAAACUUCUCUUUCAAUUGAUGCCAGUGAUGCACAGAUUUAACCAUCAGAUUCUUUUCUUCCAGCUGUGGUUAUCUUUCUUGUGCCUGCAAAUGGCAGCAAGAGCAAAGGAAAAUUAUAACUCGAAGACCUUUAGUAACCAAGGCAGAGAAUCGCUGAUGAAGUCAAUCAAUGGCCAACCGAUUCUUCACUCCUAUAUUCACCUCGCUUAUUUCUGUCGGUGGGACUCAAUCAACUGAUCAACCCAAUCAAUGGCUUACUGCUUCCAUGAUAUGUAUACGAUGAUUAUGUUGUUAAAGCCAUGUUUAGAAAUGCAAUAAAAUGCUACGUUUAUUUGGACAGCUCCUUCUGUUCCUCUUGGCAACACAGUAUUACUUUUGUAUAGCAACAUGUUCCUAGGCAAGUUACUUCAAUGGAUACAUAAUUACACAUGAAUGCUGACAAUGAGGGACUAAUACACAGGAUUACCACUAGCGAUCGAGGUGAUGGCAGCUGCGUUCGGAGGGUGGUCAGGAUUGGAGGGAAGCAGUGACUGGGAAAAAGUCCCAGCUACAAUUCCUGUGAUGAUUUUUGCUUUGGUGAAUCAUGAUCCAGCACCUGUUCUUUGUGCAUAUCUGGGUGGUGACCUUAAGCGUCUAAGGGCUUCAGUUUUGCUGGGUAGCAUCGUUCCAUUGCUGGCAUUGCUUGUUUGGGGUGCAAUUGCACUUGGCCUUUCUGAUCAGGCUGGUCAUGUUAUCGAUCCAGUUUAAUAAUUGCUGAUGAGGGUUUUUUUUUGUGUGGUUCUUUUGCAUCGGUGAGAGAUGGAGCGGGGUCCAAGACCCAUAUUAUUGGCCCAUCAUACCGAAGCUCAAAUCUAAGUCAAAAAUAACUCACAGGUACUUAAAAGAGAAAGUUACCAAAUAAUUUGCU